AUGUUCCGGUGGGGCAAGAGCACCAAGAACCCAGCUCCGGCCGCCGGGGAGGAGGUGGCGGUGCAAAAGGUGGAGAAGAUCGAGUUCCGCAACCUCAUCCACAUCAAGCCUCCUGUCGGCGCCGGCGGCGGGGCCAUCGGCAACGCGUGGAAGCCACAGCCAUGGACGGCCGGCGCCGGCAGCUCCGGCGCGGCGAGGAAGCCCGACAGCCCCGGAGACGACAUCAACUCGAGGGCGGGCAGGUUCAUCGAGGACACUAAGAAGGGGUGGCGCCUCGGCGUCAAGUCAUUCGGCGGCCGUUAG